CGAUUUCCGAUUCCCCUCCCAACCCCGAGAACGCGUGUUCGGUUAUUCGCGGAAAUCCGCAUCGGCUCCAUGGCAACCUCGCGGCGCCGGCCGCGGCAGCGCGUGCAAAACCGCGUCGCAACAUUCACGAAGGCACGCAUGCCUCCUCGCCAGGAAAAUCCGUCGAGCCGCUAGAGCGGAGAGAGACGGAGGCGAGUGCGGAGCAGUUCUGUCGCAAGCUUCGCCGCGGCUGGACGCGCGAGUGGGGCGUCCUGCGCGCCGGGGUGAAACUUGCCAAGCUCCCCCUUUAUCGAGCUUGCGGAUGGCUGUGCCUUUUUAGAUUUCGACGUGCCUCUCCGUUCCUCCCCGCUCGCGCAUGUUUCCGUGCGCGACACUUCGAAGCCGUUGAUCGUCGGCCACCGCUUUUCCCGCGACGACCAGCAACCCCUGCGCAACAUGCCCAGGAAAGUCGGAUUCAACGUCGUCUACGCCACGAGCGAGGAGGAUAGGCACUCGUCGUUAGAGCUUAACGUCCACGGGCCGACAGUGAGAGGUUGGCAGAGCGCGAGAAACUGCGUGUAUCCUCAGGAACUGAUUCUGCGACUUCACGGGCCCACAAAGCUUACGAGAAUACAGGUCUUGGCGCAUCAGUACCUCAUACCCGAGAAGCUGGAGAUCUGGACAUCGAGGGAGGAAAAUGCAUCCGCUUCGACGGACUUCAGUUACCUGGGCUACAUCACGCUGUCCGACAAUGCGUCGACCCUUUACAAGAGCAGGGAGCUGAAAAGCGUGGCUCUCCCGGAAACGGAAGCGUUGUCGCUGAAGCUCAGGCUACACAAACCGCACAGUAAUGCGCACAACACCUACUGUCAGGUUGGCCUUAUAGCCAUAAAUAUACUUGGCGAGCCUUAUGGCCAGGAAUUAACCGGACAAGGAGACGCCCCGUACAAUCCGCAUUACAACUCGCCUUACGACGAUUUGGCGUUCGAGAUGUACGUCGACCGGGAAGUGGCGAAAAUCAUAAGGCAAAUGGAAAUGAAGAAGUUGCUGGCGGUGGAAGAAGAGAGAUUCGAGUACGCCUCGAAAUUGAAGGUGGCCAUGGAGAAUCUGAGGAAAGCGGGCGAGCGCCUGGGCAAGUACGAGUUGGAGAAGAAGUACGCCAUAGCCCUGGAGGAUUACGAUAAAGCCAAGGCUAAAAAGGCGCAGGCUCAGCAGUACAGACAGCAGGUCUAUCAAUCGUUGGAGAUACACAAUCUGCUCGAGAUCCAUGGGCCUGUGGAGAAGAAUAAUCUGUCGAGUGCGGCGGACAAGGAGCCGACGUCGACCGACAACUCGAACACAGCGACGUUGCCCGACGACGCGACAUCUCCACCGAGACUCAUUCCACCUAGUCGCGACGGUGCUGUAUCGCCAAUUGGCCCCGCACAUCAACCACCCGUGUCGCCAUUACGUCAGAAGACCAACAGUCCCGAGGUAACCGACAACCCUACAAAUGGUGUCCUCGAGAAGCAGAGCUGUAACAAGGGAUCCCUAAAUAGGCGGAAAACUAAGUCGGCGGGCCCGGCUCUUCGAUCGAGUUACGAAGCCUACGAAGAAAGGACCAUCCCCGCUCUAAGGCAUUCGCACACAAACGAGUUUACGAGGGAGUGUCACUUGGACAGCGCAGACAUAAAAGUUACCUCAAAACUCAACGACAGGGAGAAGAAACAAGCGGCGUUACCUAUCACAGUUUUCGGGAUGGAGAUGGUGGAAAAGUUCUACUCGAAACAAUUCACGGAUAAGGAGGAGGGACUGAUGCUACUGAAGGAGGAAUUGAAGACGUUCGAUUCGGCGGCUUCGAAACAUUCUCCGAACAAAACGGCCAGGGCGGCGAUUCUAUUGUUGCACAGGGCUCUGAGGGACAAAGUCUUCAGCGUGUACAGCUUGGCCGCGCAGCUCAUCCGAAUUUUCUUCGCCGAGUUCGCCGCGGACAGAGUGUCUUCAACUGAGAUCGCCAGAAGCGUCGAACGUCUGCUACCAGAACUUCUGACAAAGUCCGGAGACACCACUCCGAGGAUACACAAUAUGGCAGUGCACACAAUCCUCAGCAUGGCAGACUGCAAAUGCGUGCGGGAGUUGCACAUAAUACCGGUACACCUGACCAGACCUGUCAGCAGCAGCACACAUCAGAGGCUUGCUCUGAGCAGACUGGAGAUGGUGGAGCAAUUGAUACUGAGCCACGGCAUCUCCACGGAGAAACAAAGGUAUUGUAACUGUUGUAGCGGGCUGACUUGUCGGACAUUAUCCGAAUUAGGUUCUUCCGGUCUGCACCACCCGGCUGAGGCGGUGCGAAAGGUCUCCGAGAGGAUCCUCGUGUUGGUGUACAAGGUCAAUCCCAGACUGGUGCGAAAGCAAUUGCCGCCUGACGAUGACAUAACACGACGGAACCUGCUGUAUCGCCAGCUCUUCCAUGAAUUUGAUUUGAUCGAUCUUCAGAGAAAGAAGGAAGCCGAAUCCACCCAUAAAGCAACGACGACGCCUACGCGAACUAGAUCUACGGAAAAUAAUGUUACUAAUUUAACCAAGUCACCCUCGAGAUCGAGCCCGGUCGUGAGUACCGGAAGUUCAACGAGUAUCACGUCUCCGUCCGAAAAUAGUAUCGAUCAUAAGGGAGAUAAAAUGUGCAUAUUUUGCCUGUCGAAGGGUCAAGUGUACUCCGAGGAAGGUCUGAACAUACAUUACUGGAGAACGUGCCCUAUGUUAACGAAAUGUGAAGCGUGUAAGCAAGUCGUAGAAAUUUCUUAUUUGAACCUGCAUUUGUUAAAUGAAUGCGACAUGAGGAGUAAUUAUGUAAAAUGCGACACGUGCAAACAGGCGGUGCAUGAAAAUGCGUUCGAGAAUCAUAGACAAGACAAAAAAUGCACAAAACCUAUAGAGGGGUAUGAACGGUGUCCCCUAUGUUCAGCUUUGGUCAAUCAAAACAAAUGGAGGGAACACCUCAUGGGGGAACAUCCGUGUGUAAAUAAUCCACGAAACAAGAUCGGGAAAAGCUGUUCAAAAUCACCGUCUAAUUCGCAAAAUCUCAGCGGCAAAUUAACAUCACCGACGGGUAGGGAUUACUAGCAUCAGGCAACAACCUCGAAGCCAAUGGAGGAAUUCGAUAAGUCUUAGAGAAGAGGAUUUUGAGCCUUAUUUAUUUUAUUUUAUAAUUUAUAUAUAUGUUAUAUAUGAACUGUCCAACGUUUUUUCAUAUUUGUAACUACAUUGAAAUGAUUUUUUAUAGCAGAACCCAUCCUUUAUUAGUAGAGAUUCAUAUAGAGCGGAUUUAUUUGUAAGUUGAAAAUCCUUAUCUAUAUAGCGUCACCUAUAUAUAUAUAUAUAUAUAUAUAUAUAUAUAUAUAUAU